AGGAGAGUGAAGGACUUGUCAGGCAGUGUGCGCCAUCAAUUUAUGGUGCUAUAUGUGUGGGAGGAGAGUGAGGAGGGACGCUAAUUGGUGUAUAUUAUUAGUUCGGAAAAGCGAUUGGUCAGACCCAUGUACCUCAUACCGGAAGCAGGAAGAGAAUGUCAGAGUGUCUGCAAGGGGAGGGAGGCCAGUGACAGCCAGUUGUGAAGAAAUCUGCGUCUAGAGAACAGCAUGGACGGCAAGAGGUCCACGGGGUGAGGGAGAUACUGUCUGCACCCAACAGCCUGCCGCAUGGCAUGCUAAGCUUGCUGCACUCUGCUGUCCUAUCUCUGCUCGGGGUGAAGGGGCCACACUGACAGGGGUACUCUGAAGGCAGGAGGAGCCAGAAGCGCCAGUGAGGGACUCCAGAUAAGGAGAGUCUGGUCUGCUCUGUGCAAAACCAUUACACAGAGCGGAGUCCGUUCCACUGAGGUAGAUGACAACAUGGCUGACACAGAUGACGUUGUGGUGCCCGAACUGCACAAGCUGCUGGAGCAGGACUCUUACCUCGUACCAUACAAGAAGGAUUUCAAGAGAAGGUACGCUUUGUUUGAAGAACGUUUAAAAAAUAUUGAGGGAUUCGAAGGUGGGCUGGAAAAAUUCUCCAGAAGUUACCAAUCUUUUGGCAUCCACAACAAGCCAGAUGGGGUAAUCUAUUGCAAAGAGUGGGCCCCAGGAGCAGAGGCUGUUUUCCUGACUGGCGAUUUCAAUGGCUGGAACCCCUUUUCACAUCCAUAUAACAAGUUGGAUUUUGGGAAAUGGGAAUUGCACAUUCCUCCAAAUGAAGAUAAAUCCCCACAAAUACACCAUGGAUCAAAGAUAAAGGUAGUAAUCAAGACCAAAUCGGGAGAGGUUAUUUACCGUAUCUCACCGUGGGCAAAAUAUGUGUGUCAAGAAGAAAAAAGCGUCGUCUAUGACUGGGUACAUUGGGAACCAGCAAAUCCUUACAAACAUCAACAUGAACAUCCACAAAGACCAAAAAGCGUCCGCAUAUAUGAGUCACAUGUUGGAAUUGCAUCUGCAGAAGGAAAGGUCGCAUCGUAUAAAAAUUUCACCCAUAAUGUCCUGCCCAAAAUAAAAGAUCUGGGCUAUAACUGCAUACAAAUGAUGGCUGUCAUGGAACACGCAUACUAUGCAAGUUUUGGUUACCAAAUCACCAGUUUCUUUGCUGCAUCAAGUCGUUAUGGGACACCAGAUGAUUUGAAAGAACUAAUAGAUGUAGCUCAUUCUAUGGGAAUUGCAGUUCUGCUGGAUGUAGUUCAUAGCCAUGCAUCAAAGAACAGUGAAGAUGGACUCAACCAGUUUGAUGGUACAAAUUCCUGCUUCUUCCAUGAGGGCCCAAGAGGCAGCCAUAAUCUCUGGGACAGCAGGCUGUUUGACUACUCUAACUGGGAAGUUCUGAGGUUCCUUCUGUCUAACCUGCGGUGGUGGAUUGAAGAAUAUGGCUUUGAUGGUUUCAGAUUUGAUGGUGUUACUUCUAUGCUUUACCAUCACCAUGGGGUUGGAUGUGGAUUCUCAGGUGAUUAUAAUGAAUAUUUUGGUUUGCAAGUGGAUGAAGACUCGCUUGUAUACCUCAUGCUGGCAAAUCACAUGGUGCAUUCCCUCUUCCCACACUGCAUCACAAUAGCCGAGGAUGUAUCUGGGAUGCCAGCUCUUUGCUGCCCUACAUCCCAGGGAGGUUGCGGGUUUGAUUAUCGACUAGCCAUGGCAGUGCCUGAUAAAUGGAUCCAGAUUAUAAAAGAGCUGAAGGAUGAAGAUUGGGAUAUGGGCAAUAUAGUGCAUACACUCACUAACAGAAGAUACAAUGAGAAGUGCAUAGCUUAUGCCGAGAGCCAUGACCAAGCAUUGGUUGGUGAUAAGACCCUGGCGUUUUGGUUGAUGGAUGCAGAAAUGUACACCAAUAUGAGUGUCGUGUCUCCUUUUACACCUGUAAUCGAUCGAGGAAUUCAGCUCCAUAAGAUGAUCCGUCUGAUCACCCAUGCUCUCGGAGGAGAUGGAUAUCUUAAUUUCAUCGGUAAUGAAUUUGGCCAUCCUGAAUGGCUGGAUUUCCCAAGAAAAGGAAAUAAUGAAAGUUAUCAUUAUGCCAGGAGACAAUUUCAUUUGGCCGAUGAUCCAGCUUUGCGCUACAAAUUUCUUUAUGCUUUUGACCGAGAUAUGAAUAAAUUGGAAGAAAAGUGUGGUUGGUUGUCUGCUUCACCGGCCUUCAUCAGCACGAAGCAUGAAGGUGAUAAAAUUAUUGCAUUUGAGCGGGGAAAUCUACAUUUUAUCUUCAAUUUCCAUCCUUACAAAAGCUUCACUGGAUACAGAGUGGCUGUGAAUUCACUUGGAAAAUAUAUGAUAGCACUGGAUACUGAUGCUGCAGAAUAUGGAGGUCAUCAAAGAAUUAAUCACAGGACAGAGUUCUUCUCAGAAAAUACCCCUUUCAACAAUCGUCCAUAUUCACUUUUGGUUUACAUUCCAUGCAGAGUGGCUCUUGUUCUUCAAAACAUGGACAAUUACUGAGGAGCACAGUGACAUCUUUAUCUAAACAAUGUAAGCUCAAGGUGUUUAGAAGCAGAAUCAUUCACACAAUGCCGAGUGUCAUAGAAUGUGCUCAGAGGUUAUUUACAGAACUUUAAUGGAUAGAGAUUGCAGGCUGAAUUAUCCCACACUGAAAAAGAUGGCAAACAUUUGGAGAGAGAAUAGUGUUUUUUGAAAAUGAUUUACAAGACAGAAUUCGGAGGUGUUAUUUUGUGCUGUUUACAUGCACAAUGUUAACUGAAGGCUCAAAGGGUUGUGCCACAUGGGGAUCAAUCGGAAGCUGCACAGUAGUGGAAUUCCGGGAACCAAACAAUUCUGAAAUUGCUGUUAAAAGAACUCUGCUGUAAUAAAAGAGCCGAUUUGGAAACUAGAUAUGUCAUUAUUUAUGAAUGGUUAAAUGACUUUUUAAAACGUAAACUGUCCAUACAGCAAAACCUCAGUGCACCAAUGUUAUCUGUGAUAAAAAUACUUUUGUGUC